AUGAAAUCUCAAGCGCAUCACAAGCGAUCACGUCCAAAGGCCAUCUUCAUCCGCAAAUAUCCCAGCAAGAAGACGAACAACAGCAACAGCAACAGCAACAGCAAAUGCACGAUGGCCGCCACGGCUUCUCAAACAAGCGCCGCGCAGAACGCUGCUUACGACAUCCCGGAGCUGUACAGGAUGCGUCCUGCCGUGGUUGACGCGCUCGAGACUGACUCGUCCGCCAUGCAGCAGGACACGAUUGAGGAAUGCCUCCCCUUCCUGCUGGGCGAGGAGGAUCUAGGUCCUCGCAAUGUCCACGGUAUCCCUCUCUUGGACAAGCAGCGCCACCUCAAUUUCCUUCGGAAGCAGCUAGGUCCUCUUCCGGGCGCGUUCAUGGCAGCUGACCCGAGCCGACCUUGGUUCUUCUACUGGUGUCUGGCUGCCAUGUCACUUCUCGGUGAAGAUGUGGCAUUCUAUCGCGAGAAGCUUGUGGAGACGGUGCGCCCUAUGCAGAACGCGACGGGUGGCUUUGCGGGUGGACAGGGCCAGAUGUCGCAUCUUGCCACCACGUAUGCAACGAUCCUGUCGUUGGCGCUGGUCGGCGGGGAGGCGGCCUACGAUGUGGUGGACAGAAAGAGCAUGUGGCACUGGCUCGGCUCGUUGAAGCAGCCGGACGGAGGCUUCCAAAUGGCCAUUGGAGGCGAAGAGGAUGUGAGAGGGGCGUAUUGUCAAACGUACGAAGGCGGUAUAUCGGCCAAGCCCUCAGUCGAAGCGCACGGGGCGUACGCUUUCUGUGCGCUUGGUUGCUUGAGCAUCAUCGAUUCCCCGCAUAGGGGCAUCCCACGCCAUCUCGACCUUCCGCGACUCAUUUCGUGGCUGUCAUCACGCCAGUAUGCCCCCGAAGGAGGCUUCUCUGGUCGCACAAAUAAAUUGGUAGACGGGUGCUACAGCCACUGGGUCGGUGGAUGCUGGCCCCUGAUCGAGGCCAGCAUCAGCGGCCCGCAAGAGGGGUUCGCGGCCGAAGCUGCGACCCCGGCGACGGAGGCACGUAGCUUGUUCAGUCGAAACGGGCUCAUCCGGUACAUUUUGUGCUGCUGCCAGGACCUGUCGAAGCGGGGAGGCAUGAGAGACAAGCCCAGCAAAAACUCGGAUGCGUAUCAUUCAUGCUACGUUCUCUCUGGGCUGAGCCUGGCUCAGCACAAGUGGACGAUGAAGUCUGCUCGCCUGGACGCAACUGUCUUGGGGUCCGACGAGUGGGUUGUGACGCCCUAUCUGGAGGGACAGCAGAUUUUUAGCGAGGACGACCGGCUAGCCACAACUCAUCCAGUGUACGUGAUCCCCCAGCAUAAGGCAGACGAUAUCAGGGACUACUUUGUGAACAAGGCCGGGUUCUAA